CACUCGCCUUUGCCUUCGAUUACAGUCACUGUCUGUCCAUCCAUCCAAAAGUUCCAGACAACAAGGUAAUGUUCUUGUGUUCAAAAGUGAGUGAGAAGUCGCGUAGAGAUGUCACGAGAGCUCUUGCCUCUCUGACCUCUGCAUAUCCUGAAGUGUCACUGGACCACAGGGGAAGACAUCUGGAUGUCGAUUGUCAAUGGGCAUACACAUCACAGGUUUUGCAGCGGGGUGUGAAUUGUCAGUGGGCAUACACACCCCUUUUGUUUUGACAAAG